AUUACAAUGAAUGAACCAACUAAACCAUAUGAUGAAUUAUACAAAAGUAAGUUCUACUAUCCUUUAAUUUUAGUUAUUCUAGUUGGAGAUUCUAGUGUUGGCAAGACAAGCUAUCUCAUUCGGUAACUCAUCUAAAUCUAUUUUAGAUUAACUAAAAAUGUUAUCAAAAAAUAAUCAUAACCAACCAUUGGAGUAGAAUAUGCUGCUUAAUCAAUACUUUUAUCAGAAGAAGGAAAAAUUGUUAAGUCUGUCAUUUGGGAUACUGCAGGUGCUGAAAAGUAUAAAGCCAUUACAACAGCACAUUAUCGUAGAUCUGAAGGAGCUUUGCUAUUUUAUGAUUUAAGUGAUAAGAAUUCCUUUGAUAAUGUACUCUCUUGGCGUCAAUAAGUAUUGAGCAAAUUUUCAAUUAGAGAUUAUUCAAUAUACAGAUGAAAAUAUAAUGAUAAUGUUGAUUGGCAAUAAAUUAGAUUUGAUCUAAGAAAAUCCUUCAAAUAGAUGUGUCUCAAUCAAUGAUGUACAAUCAAUUUGUUCCAAAUACAAUAUGAUUUAUUACGAAACAUCAGCUAAGGAAGGAACUAAUGUUAAGGAAUCCUUUGAGCAACUUAUAAGAAGUUAUUAUUCAAAUUGAUUUAAGAAAUUUACGAAUUCAAAUAGUAAUCCAUAGAAGAGGAGAAGUCCUCAGAUCCUUAAGAUUUCCUCAGUUCUGAACAUAAAAGUUCCUAUUAACCUAUUUUACCUACCAAUUUCGAUCAAAGUUUACAUAAUAAAAAAUAAUCUGAUACAUGUUGUGGCACUUAAUGA